CGGAUGUGAGCAGCCAGUCACCGCGCUGAUAUGUAGGGCGAUUUGAAUUGUACACCCAGGAGGUUCAGAAAGAGACUUCCAAAAGUACGUGGCAGACACCUGUUGUGCACGGUCACUGUCACACUGGGCUAAGCAACUCCCUAUAAAUUACAAUACACGUUUUCUCCCCCUCAGCAGUCGGGAGAGUGUUAAUUUUUGAGACACGCGGAACUAGAGUUGCGCAUUCCUUCAUUCCACUCGGAGAUAUUUAUAACCCGGACAACAGAAACAUCUCCCUUAUUGCCAAAUUAUUGCCGGAUAUGUCGCUGUUAUGAUGAUCUGAGUAUACAUACUCUUUCUGUCCUACUGCGAGUAGCGAAUUAGACUGGAAAGGCACAGUGCUGAAUAUCAGGGGUGUGAUAAAUGUGAUCAUGGAGUCGGGACGGCGGAGAGGUCUGAGCAGUGUCCUGUCCUCCCUGUCUCUGCUCUGUGUGCUCCUGGACCUACAGCUGGACGGUGUGUUAGGAGCAACACCUGUUGAGAUUGAGCAUCAUCUGGAAAUGGGCCGUAAGCUGCUGGCAGCCGGACAGCUGGCUGAGGCCCUGUCUCACUAUCAUUCAGCUGUGGAGGGUGACUCGAAGAACUACCUGACAUACUACAAACGAGCUGCUGUGUUCCUGGCUAUGGGCAAGUCCAAGUCAGCGCUGCCUGACCUCAGCCAGGCCAUACAGCUCAAGCCAGACUUCCUUGCUGCCAGACUGCAGAGGGGUAAUAUUCUACUGAAACAGGGAAAUACUGAAGAGGCCAGGGAAGAUUUUCUAGCAGUACUGAACCGUUCCCCGGAUCACGAGGAAGCACAUGAUCAGCUCCACAAGGCCGAUGAUCUGGAGUUGCUCCAGAAAGAGGCACAUGAGGCCCAUCACCGUGGAGACUUCAUCACUACUGUCCAAGUGCUGGAGAAAGUCAUAGAGCUCUCUCCUUGGGACCCUGAAUCUCGAGAGCUAAGAGCCCAGUGCUACAUCCGACUCGGGGAUCCACGGAAGGCCAUCAUGGACCUGACACCAGCAACACGUCUCCGUUCAGACAACCGAGCAGCCUUCCUCCAACUCAGUCAACUACAUUACAGUUUGGGCGAACAUCACGACUCACUCAGUCAGGUCCGUGAGUGUCUGAAGCUGGAUCAGGAUGAUAAGGAGUGUUUUUCUCACUACAAACAGGUCAAGAAGCUCAGCAAGCAGCUGGACUCUGCAGAAGAGCUGAUCUCAGAACAGAGGUAUCAGGAGGCCAUUGAGAAGUACGAAUCUGUGAUGCGAACAGAGCCGAAUGUGGCAUUCUACACUAAUAAAGCAAAAGAGAGGAUCUGCUUCUGCUUAGUCAAAAUGAAGAGUGCUGAGGAGGCCGUAGACAUCUGUUCAGAAGCCCACCAGAGAGAUCCUCAGAAUAUCCACAUCCUCCGGGACCGAGCGGAGGCCUACAUCCUACAGCAGGAAUAUGAGAAAGCUGUGGAAGACUAUCAGGAGGCACGGGAGUUUGAUCAGGAAAACCAAGAGCUUCGUGAAGGUCUUGAACGAGCACAGAAGCUCCUCAAGCAGUCUCGCAAGAGAGACUAUUACAAGAUCCUGGGGGUCGGCAGGAGUGCCAAUAAACAGGAAAUCAUAAAAGCGUAUAGAAAGCUGGCUCAGCAGUGGCACCCUGAUAAUUUCCAGUCUGAAGCAGACAAGAAAGAAGCAGAGAAAAAGUUUAUUGAUAUCGCAUCAGCAAAGGAAGUACUCACAGAUCCAGAAAUGCGUCAGAAGUUUGAUUCCGGCGAGGACCCCCUGGACCCUGAGAAUCAGCAGGGUGGAGGAGGUGGAGGAAGCAGAGAAUGGCCCUUUGGCUUCAACCCCUUUGAGGGCGGAAACUUUCACUUCAAAUUCCAUCGACACUGAUAACCGUGGCUGAUGCAGUAUAAACGGACAAUGACUUGGACUAAGAAACCUGGUUAGAGAACCAGCUUUAUCCAAACUGAACUUUGGAGGAAUCUUAUCUUAUCUAUUGGAGGAGUUUUUUUUUCUUUGUUGUUCUUGAGACUUGAAUCCACCGGCUGCUGGACUUCUCCAGGAGCAAAUGACUUGAUCUGGCAAACACUAUUAGUUUGGUGUUUUAUUUAGGAUUAGUUCACUUCCAGAAUGAAAAUUCUGUCAUCAUUUACUCACACCCCACUUGUUCCAAACCUGUAUGAGUUUCUGUCAUCUGUUGAACACAAAAGAAGAUAUCCUUAAAGAUGUUGGUAUCCGAACAGUUGACAGUAUAUUUUUUUUUUCUGCCGUGGAAGCAAUGGUGCUCAUCAACUGUUUCAUAAGCCAACAUUUUUCAGAAUAUCUUAUUUUGUACGUGUUUAACUGAAGAGAGAAACUCACACAGGUUUGGAACAAGUGGAGGGUUUGUAAAAGAUGGCAAGGCAUUAGAUCUGGAAGUGAACGAAUCCUUUAAACCCAGCGGAGUCAUUUCGGCUCAACAUUUUUUAUCCUUCAUUGACUUAUGUGCCAUCUCUAACAUUACUUUAUCUCUCUCAUGCUGUCAUAUGCUGCCUUUUUGAAUAACACUCCAGAAUUUAGGGUUGUGGUUUCUUUUAGACUGUGCCAUAAUAUUUUUAUUACACUUCCAACUGUAUAAAGCCACCAGAAAUGACCAUGCCCUUGGGCUGCUUCAUAGCCUGACACCUUUGAUCUGAUACCAGUUUGCACAAUAGUUUUUUACUGGAAUCGUUGCUUAAAGUUUACAUGUCUGUUGCUAAUGAUGAACCAGAUGGCAGUCUAUGAAGCAGCCUUUGGUGGAUUUAAUUUUCUUUUGUGGAACAAAUCAAAAAUAUGUUGCACAACAAAGCUUUGAAACCAUUAUGUAAACUUGUUGAGUUACCUCUGCACUUUCUAAAUUUGAGUUGAAGGUCUAUAAAAUGAAGAAAUCCCUAGCUAUUUGAGCAUUUUUUAAGUUUAUGCUUGUUAGGUUGUGCUGACAUGCCAAUGCAAUGUCUUCUUUGACCUUACUGAUGUUAAGGACAUGGGUCUUCCUAAUGUUUCAUGCUUGUUUGUUUUGUUCUAAGCUAAACAAAUACAUGAAGAUCUCCAAGAUAUACUGUAUUUAAAAAAGAGAGAGUAUUGAA